AUGCAUUACUGUAUGAUAAAUGGUGGACUAUGUCCUAUAUACUAUAUUCAAUCCUCCCAUCGCCUCGGCCCUUCUAGUCGCCUCGGCUUGAGUGUGGACUCUCAAUCUUACAAAAUGCACCAGACUUUAUUGCGCCCAUUGCCUGCCAUCCCCAUAUUAGGCUUGCAGUUUGACAAGCUGGGGGAUGCCUUGGCCAUUGCGCCCAAUCCUGAAUCCGUGCCGCCAAUGAACGCCAUGUCUGAGAAAAUGACGAGUACAAAAGCAAAGGCCCGUCCUGCGUCGGGACCUAACCAUGGUGGACUAACAAAACGCAAAAAUAAAAAAGAAAAUGAGCAACACAAAGCUUAA